ACAGGCACAACACACACGGGAAGAAAGGGCGGCGUUAAUAACAUUUCGAUACUUCAGACUGCAAGACAACAGUUAUUUAGACAAGUAUUGCGCGUCAGUAGAAAAUACCAUGGAAACAGUUUACAGUACACAAUUUUCUUUCAUUUCAUAGAAAUUCCACAGGUUUAUUUUUCCUCUCGCCCUGCUCCAUUGUUUUUUUUUUCUCAGGGAAGUUGGCGGUGUGCGGACAUUCUCAUAAUGGAUACAGAACUUUCUAAAACUGAUGACAACUGUGGCGAUCACUCCACUACUGAACAGGGCAUGGAAAAAACACAGCAGUCCUUGGAACCCUGUGAGAAACCUGACGAUAAACAGUCAAAAUCUAUGCAGGAUACAGGUUCUGGUUUAGAUAAAGACGAGCAAGUUGAUGUUGAGAGCCAACCAUCAUAUAAGGAGGCCGCUAGCAAUGAGAUCCCGGAAAAGAUGCCUGCCACAGUGGUUGAGGCACCUGGAGAAGAGGAAAAUCCAAAACAAAAAGGACAGAAGAAGAAACCCAGAAAUCCAUUUAUGCCCCAGGUUGCCACAAAGAACAAAAGAACACAGAAGAAGAAUGGAAACCAAAAUGAAGACAGUGGCAGUGACCUUGCAGAGACUAAAGGCCACAAGAAGUCCCUCAUGGAAUGGCUGGAUGAGUUCCGUUUAAGUGAAACUCAGAGAGAGGAUGAGGAGGAUCUUGAUGGCCUCAUGGAUUGGUGGAACACUGUGGAACAAUGGGAAGACAUGCCCAAAAGUGACAACAUGACAGAGAAAGAGGAAGCCAAGGCUUUUGCUGUAACAGCUGAAAAGGUGCAAAAGGGCAUACGUGUGUUUAACAAACUUUUCUCAGAACGGGCGGAAGGACUGUGGCAGCAUGUGAUCGACCUGUAUGCCAUUGCUGAUGACCUGGACCGCUUCAACAAGAAAACCAAGAUUGCCCAGAUCACUGGUGGCUCCACCAGUGCUGUGGGAGGUGUUGCUACCAUAACUGGCCUCAUCUUAGCACCUUUCACAAUGGGAACCUCUCUGAUCGUCACUGCGGUUGGCCUGGGUGUUGCCAUGGCAGGUGGUCUUACCUCUGUAUCCGCUGGGAUAUCCAGUACCGUCAACAACUCUUUGGAUCGCAAAAAGGUAGAGCGCAUUGUGGAAGACUACCAGGCGAAGAUGGCUGACCUUAACAAAUGCAUGAAGUUCAUCAAGCAAGGCAUUACAAACCUACGCAAGUUCAACCUGAAUAAGAUGAAGAAGAAUGCAUACAAUCGAGACUUCCCUUGUUUUGACAAUAUCUAUGAGGACGGCGCUAUGGCGGGCAAAACUAUUCUAACCAAUGUCAAUGAAAUUAUGCGUGUGAUGCAGAUAGCCAAUGUGGCGGGAACCACUGCGGCACGUGCUGUGCAGAUCGCUAGUAUAUCCACAGGUGUUCUGACGGGGCUUUUUGUCGGGAUGGACAUCUAUUUUGUGGCCAAGGACUCCCAUGAACUGAAAAAUGGUGCAAAGUCAGAAUUUGCUGCCAAGAUUAGAGAGGUGGCAGAUCAGCUACACGAGGGCUUGAUGGAAUUUAACAUAAUCCGAGAUGAGUUGCGGUUGACCACCACUCUGAAAGAAGACAAACCUCUGUAAACACUCCUCUGAGUUUAUUAUUACAUUCAGAAUAGAUGAUAUAAAAUUGUAUGGUUAUAGAACUAUACUGGCUUUCCUUAUUCGACAGAAGAGGAAAUUUGGGAUCUUAACUUGUUUUUAUUACUUUAUUUCCACUGCUUGUUAGGGUAUAAUUGCUGCUUUAAUAAUGCUAAAAGAAUAGGAACUAAUAUAUGUUCUAUAUGGUCCUAAACAUACGGUUAUCCCACCAUGGUGAGUGAAUGGAGGGGGUUAUUUUGUAUUUUGUGUAUUUUC